UGCAAUUUGCGAUAUAAAAUGGCGGACGUUUCGGAAGGAUUUGGGGAUUGCGAUAAAUAUUUUGAAGGCUGUCUGCUAAAUACAAAGGAAAUUUUGGUGAAAGAUAUUGAAAAACGAUCGGGAGAAAAGUUAAAAGAACCGUAUAUUGUGUAUUUGAUAGAAACCAGGUGUUUUAAUUCACAUAAUGAUGAUGCACAGCAAUCUUCCUGCUUAUGGCGCAGAUACAGUGAAUUCGAUUUGUUAAGAAAUUAUCUACAAACCACUUAUCCCAGUGUGAUCAUUCCUCCAUUACCAGAGAAAAAGACAAAUCUUGCUGCAUUUCGAUUGAAUGCUGAAAAUUAUAACAUGGAGUUCAUAGAAAGAAGACGUCAUGGCUUGGAGUUUUUCUUACAUCGAAUCGCAAAGCAUUCGCAACUUGGCUUGGACGAGUAUUUUAAGUCAUUUCUUUCGCAGGAAGAAGGUUGGAAAGAGUCAGUUGUUGAGAGUGGAUUUCAAAACAAGGCUGAAUCGAAGUUCAAAAGCAUAAGUGCAUCGUACAGCGUGAAAAAGCCGGACAAAAAAUAUGAAGAUAUGAAAAAUUACUCGCAAACUCUUCAGGGAAAUAUUGCUUCAUUGCUUAAAGUUCAGCAGAAAAUUUCCGAGAAGCAGUUAAAUAUCCAUAGAGAACAUGCAAAUUAUGGGAAAAUAUUCAGUGAGUGGAGCAGUAUUGAAGAUGAAAUGGGCAAUGCUUUGCAAAAGGCCGGUCACUACAUGGACAAUUUUGCAUCCGCCAUUGAUGAUCUUCAAGAAGAAGAAGAAUGUCGUUAUGUAGAUAAAUUGAAGGAGUAUCACCUUUAUGCGGACUCAAUCAGGGUACUGACAAGAAAGCAUCAGAUACGUCAUUACGAUCUCGAGAAAGCUGAAGAAACCGUCGCGUCUAAAACAGCGCAGAAGGAUGAAUUAUUGAAAGUGACAGAGGAUGGCGAAGAAGGAAAGAAAAGUGGUUUGUGGAAAGGACUUUCUUCAAAAAUAUUUGGUGGCGACAAUCCCGAGGCGCGGGAAGCCAAACUUCAAACUUUAGAAACUCAAAUUGAAGAAUCAGAAAAUGCUGUCACUGAUGCGCAACAAGAGUUGAGUUCAUUCACUAAAAUGGCGGACAAAGAUUAUGAACAAUUUCAGAAACAGCGUGACAGUGACGUGAAGAAUAUUUUGAUCGAACACAUAAAAACACAGUUAAAGUUGUGCAAACUGGGAAUAUCAACUUGGGAAAACAUGAAGGGGGCCUUCGAGGGAAUGGCGUGAAUGAAAGUUUUACACUUGCACAUUUCAUUUUCUCAAUUUUGGUAAUGGAGCGAAAAAUUUACAUUUAAUUACAAUAAUUUUAUUUUGGUCCUAUCGUAUUAUUAGUGAUAUAUUCAAUUGUAAUUUGGAAUAAAUUUGUGUAGAUGUGAUUAUUUUCAAUUAACGAUUACAACACCUAAUUGUUCAUGCAUAAACUUCUAAGCUGUUGUUUCUAUGGAAUAAAAACCAAAAGAAAAUUGUUAAAUACAAAAAUUGACGUCAAAA